AUGAAACAGAAGGAUGUGGGGGAACAAGCAAUGGAGAAAAUAGAUCUGAAAGAAAAGCCUAGGUCAACGGGAAAGCAACAGCUGAAUACCCAGGGGGAAUUAGAUGAGAUCCAGGUCAGAGAACAGCACACUCAAGGCCGCAGUGAAUUAUUGGAGGUAAACAUGGCCAGGAAACUAGAAUGGUCAUCGGAUUUAGAGGAGGAGGUGAAGAAGCCACAGAACGCGUGGGAGACAUUCGAUAUGAAGAAACUGAGGAAGGCGGCGGUACCACUGGAUUUCAUCCCACCGGAGGUUAUGGAUAGCUUUUACCAAAGAAUCUGGAAGAAUUUGGGAAUUGAUAAGGUGGUGAUGCUACCAAAUGGGCUCUUUGUAGUUCGGUUUCAUAAUAUGGAGGGUGUUGAGGAGGCACUGACAGAACCAAUUCGCUACCUGGGCUCGAAUCCGGUGGUAAUCAAACGAUGGAGUGUGGAAAAAGGGGCUAACCACAAGGAAAUUACACAUGUUCCAGUCUGGAUCCAACUACACAGCUUGGAGCUCAAAUACUGGAAUCCAGCCACCCUUAGCAGAAUUGCAAGUACGCUGGGAAGACCAAUUGCAGCGGAUGAUACGACAGUAGCCAAGGAUAGGGCCACAUUUGGGAGAGUACUGGUUGAUGUCGAAAUUCAAGAAUCCCCACCGUUGGUUGCACAUUUUGCAGAUGAAGAAGAACACUGUAGAAAGAAAGUGGAAAGACAAGCAGUCCAGAAGACAGAUGAGACUAAGGGAGAAAAGAAUAAUACAAAGAGCUUUGAAUGGAGGAGGGUUGGUAAGAAGAAGAUAAAUAUGGAAGUACCGGAGGAAGAAGUCAAUGCUAUAGCAACAUCACAAGAGGCUACAAUUGGUAGGCAGCACCGGAAGGAACCAGAUGGAAAAAAGCCUGAGAAAACCAAUGGGUUUGAUGUUCUGUCACAGUUAGAUGGACAUGAUUGGAACAAGGAAAAACCGGAGACAAGCAAGAACUAG